CAUAAGGGGAGUGAGACAGAAAAACCAAGAGACGUUUGGUCAUCACUUGAAGUUCUGAGCACUAGCUGGAGGCAUGGCUUUGCAGUGCCUUGUAGACUGGAAGGGACAGCCAGUUAACCCAAAAAGGCAUGGUGGGGUCAAAGCCACCAUGUUCAUCUACUUCCUGGUUGUGAUGACAAACAUUGGAAACAUCCCGAUGCUGUUGAACGUGGUGAGCUACUUGCAUGGGAAGAUGCACAUGGACAUCGCCGACGCCUCCACCACCGCCACCAACUUCUUCGGCGCAGUCUGUGUCUUCACCUUCCUCGGCGCCUUCGUCUCCGACUCCUACAUCACGCGCUUCUACACUAUCCUCAUAUUCGCCCCGAUCGAGAUUUUGGGUUACAUGCUGCUUGCAUGCCAAGCCCACCUGCCGUCGCUGCACCCGGCACCGUGCGACGUGACCAACAGCAGCCCCAGCGAGUGCACCACGGUGAGCGGCCGGAACCUGAGCCUGCUGACCCUGGGCCUGUACCUGAUCCCGGUCGGCGAGGGCGCCGUGCGGGUGUGCGCGGCGGCGCUGGGCGGCGACCAGUUCGACCGCGAGGACCCGCGGGAGCUCCGCGGCGCGGCCAGCUUCUUCAACUGGUACACCUUCUGCAUCUCGCUGGGCGGAUUCGCGGGGCUGCUCUUCGUCGUGUGGGUGCAGGACAACGAAGGCUGGGACCUCGCCUUCGCGCUCUCCGCCCUCGUCGCGCUCCUCGGCACUCUCGUCCUCGUCGCCGGCAUGCCAUUCUACCGGCACCAGAAGCCCACAGGGAGCCCUCUCACAAGAAUUCUUCAGGUUUUUGUGGCAGCUUUCAGGAAGAGGAAUCUUUCAGUGCCUGAGGAUUUUGUUGGGACGCACGAGAUGACCACCGGGGAAACAGGCACCAUCGUUGAAGUGCUGGAGAGGACUUCAGGUUUCAAGUUCCUCGACAAGGCGGCCGUGAACGACGGCGACGCGCGGCGGUGGUCGCUGUGCACGGUGACGCAGGUGGAGGAGGCCAAGAUCAUCCUCCGGAUGCUUCCCGUCUUCGUGAGCUCCGUCCUGGGCUACCUCCCGAUCCCGCUGCUCCUGACGUUCACGGUGCAGCAGGGCGGGACCAUGGACACCCGGCUCGGCGCCACCAACGUGCCGCCGGCGAGCCUCUUCGUCGUCCCCAUCGUGUUCCAGAUGCUCAUCCUGGUGGUCUACGACCGCGCCGUCGUGCCGUGGCUGCGCCGCGCCACAGGGUACGCGGGCGGCGUCACGCACCUGCAGCGGAUCGGCGUCGGGUUCGCGUCCAACGUCGUGGCGCUCGCCGUGGCUGCCGCAGUCGAGGGCCGCCGCAGGGCCGAGGGCGGCGCCGCCGCCGCCGAGAUGUCCGUGUUCUGGCUCACGCCGCAGUUCUUCCUGCUGGGCGUGAUGGACGUCACCUCCUUCGUCGGCCUGCUCGAGUUCUUCUACAGCGAGGCCUCCGCCGGCAUGAAGUCCAUCGGGGGCGCCGUCUGCUUCUGCAUCCUCGGCAUCGCGUCGUGGCUCGGGAGCUUCCUCAUCCGGGUGGUCAACCGCGCCACCGCGCACCACGGCACCAGCAGGGGCACAGGGUGGCUGGAAGGCGCCAAUCUCAGCGCCGGCCGCCUCGAUUUGUUCUACUGGCUUCUUGCGAUCUUUGAACUCGUCGCCGUGCUUCUCUACCUGCUGUGUGCGUGGAGAUACACCUAUAGGCAACAUCCGAGGAUGCAGGUGCAGUCCACGGUGGAGGAUCACACCGCAGCCAUCAAGCAAGAUGCAGCACUUUGACGAUGGCAUCGUUAAUUGUUAGUAGUUCACGUCAUCCAUACAUGUGUCACCAAAUAAGUAAGGGGUGUUUAUUUGAGAUUAUAAUCUACGUAGAUUAUAUAAUUCAACAAACUUUAAAUUAAGUUAGUUUAAA